UUGUUCAUUUUUUCAUCGCCAAAAAACGAGGUUUUAAAAUUUGAAUUUUUUUUUUUAUUAUUAUUUAUUUGUCGAUUCUUCCCUUACCAAUCGCAAGUACCUUGGUACUUGCUAACAACCUACCCCCAUCUACUAUAUAGCAGCUGUUAUUCGACUCGACCAUUAUCGUUAUGGUAGAUGGCUUUUUUUUGGUAUUAUCGUUUUUGUUUUGUUUCAAUUUAAAUAUAAUAUUUUAAUUUUUAACGCCGUUGUUGAACAAUAAUAAUUAUUAUUCAACUCCUCUUCUCUAAAGCUUUAACCAGUAAUUAAUUUCCCAACUUCGUAUUUUCGCUCUUUAUUUUUAUCGUGCGACUUCUGUAGUUAUAACGAAUUUACCUAGCGCAAUAUUUUAAUGAUAUUUAUUAUUCCUCACUUGACUGUCGGCUCGUCUUGAGAUAAGUGCAACUAUAAGUCUGAUAAAAAAACAUCACUAACGAAAUAUUUUCUGCGGGACGUGAUUUAUCAAUAUUGGUAAUAAUCUCAUUUGGCCAAAUUUUGAUAUACGCGCUGUUGCAGUAUCAACGAUAAUAUUAUAGCUAAAAACAAUCUGCUCGUAGCGGGAAAGACCUAGUCAUUAUUGUGUAACCUGCUGCAGUCUGUGAUAUUGCGUUGCUGAAGAAAUUUCAGGUGCCAGACGAUUACGGAUCCGGCCUUGUGUUCAACAUAUUUUCAUAGUCAAUAAGUAAACACCUCAAAAAGUAUAAUAUUGUAUUUAGUAUUGCCCAAUCAUGUCAGUCAAAGACGUGCGUUUCGGUUACGAUUUUCCGUCCGACGUCAACGUGCAAGCGUGCAUGGACUGCAUCCAAGAUUGGGAGCUGACGUUCGCCUGCGUGCCGGUGUCCAACCUGAGGCUGAAGGCCGGCGACUGCAAGCCGUCGGACACGGUGCUCAACCCGGAGUUCUCGCGCAAGUGGUGCCACUGCGUGGUGGCCAAGGUGUCGCAACCGCCGUCGGACGCCGACAGUGGCGGCGGCGUUAGCAAACCUCAAGAGCAGUUCGUCCGGGACGUGUCGUGGGCCGCGUUCCUCAACGUGUUCAGCGUCAUGUUCGACCUGCCGCUGGACACGGACCUCGUGCACCUGGUCCGUCUGUUGGACAACCAGAUCGACGCGUACCUCGAAUCGUCCGUGUCGCUGCAGUUCUGGAUUGCGGUGCCGGUGUGCUGUGCCGACGCGGCCACCACCGUGCCGGAGGACACGUGGCACAAGUGGUCCCGGCUGGUGUCCAUGGCGCGGAACGCGGACCGGAUGAAGUUGGCGCUGCGCGUGGGACCGGAACUGCCGACCGAAGAUGGCACGCUGGACCGGUGGCUCGGCGAACCGGUGACGGCGUUGAUCGUGGACACACGGUCGUUCGUGGCCAACCGCAAAGGCUUUCCCGUGUUGCCCAAACGGCACCAAGAGUUCCUCAAGAAAAUGUUCAAUGUCGGCGCGCAGCUGAUCGUGUCCGGACCGUCGGCCGUCCGUCAGCACUUCAACUAUCUGGCGCACCUGUACGAGAACACGACGCCGCUGACGCCGUACUCGUCCGACUACAUCAGCGGCUACGAGGACUAUCUGCAGACGCCGCUACAGCCGCUCCAGCACGACCUGCAGUCGACCGUGUACGAGACGUUCGAACAAGAUCCGGUCAAGUACCACGAAUACCGGCGGGCCAUCGGCAUGGCGUUGGCAGACAAGGCGGUGACGGCCGGGGCGGGCGAGGCGGCCGAAAUAGUGGUGUACGUUUUGGGCGCCGGCCGUGGUCCACUGGUGGAGGCCGCGCUGGACGCGGCCGACGAGCGCGGCGUCCGGGUGCGGGUGUGCGCGGUCGAGAAGAACGAGAACGCGUUGCCCACGCUGUACACCAAGAACGCGACCGACAAAUGGCGCGACCGCGUGACCGUGGAGUGCGCCGAUAUGCGGCACUGGCGGCCGGCUGCCAAGUGCGACGUCAUGGUGUCCGAGCUGCUGGGCUCGUUCGGCGACAACGAGCUAUCUCCCGAGUGUCUGGACGGCGCGCAGCGGUACCUCAAGGACGACGGCGUGUGCAUACCGUGCAGUUACACGUCGUACGUGGGCCCGGUGCAGUCGCGCAAGCUGCACGCCGAGAUAGCGUCGAUCAAGCGCAAGGAGCUGGAGUGCACCUUCCAGCGGCCGUACGUGGUGCAGCUGAACAACGUGUACACCAUCGCGGCGGCCAAACCGCUGUUCACGUUCGUCCACCCCAGACCGAUGGAUGGCGAACGCGACGACAGAGCCAACAAUCGGGACGGCAGCUUGUCGUUCGACGUGCCGCAAGACUGUAUACUGCACGGGCUGGCCGGCUACUUCGAAACGGUGCUGUACAAAGAUGUCCGGCUGAGUAUCGUGCCCGAGACGUUUAGCCAAGGCAUGUUCAGCUGGUUCCCGGCCUACUUCCCCCUGACCAGCCCCGUCGCCCUGACCAAAGGUGAACGGCUUCGGAUCAACUUCUGGAGGUUCGCCGACAAACACAAAGUCUGGUACGAAUGGUGCGCGUCGUUGCCCCAACAGACCGUCAUACACAACGUCAACGGUACAAUGUAUUCGAUGUUGUUAUAGUUUACGCCGAUUGUUUUUUGACGAAUAAAACAAAAUACAAUUGCUACUCAUUA